ACCGUGGUCAAAUUCUCUCUCUGCCUUUCCGCCGCGCGCGCAGCCCCUACACACACUCCACCGGCUACCCGCGCAGACCUACUCCACACUCCAUGCCUGUCGUGCUCGGUCGCUGCCUGCUACUCCUACUACUACUGUAGUACUGUACCUGCUGCCUGCAAGAAUCCCUUGGACAAUGCCGUGCUUCCCCUCCCCCUGCUCCUGCUGCUUUUCGCGCUCCCCGCCCUUCCCUUCCCUUCCCUUCCCUUCCCCUGCAUUUGUUGCUCUGCUCCCAAGCUCUGACCGCCUUGCCUCAUCUGUGUCUCCUCCCUCCCGCCUCCUCUCCUCUCUGCUCCAGCUCCAGCUCCAGCUCCAGCUGAGCUGAGCCCACUCUUCUUCUUCUUCCUCUCUUGCUCCACACGACAACCCAUCUUCUCCUCCUCCUUCCUACCGUCCCUAUCCCUCCGCCAUUUUACCCUGGACUGCUUCCUUCUUCUUCCGCUCCUACCAACCCAUUGCUCGUCGCCGAACCACUCUGCUUCCUCUUCUCACCAGCAAACCAAUUCAAAGCCACCGGCAUUUGAGCUCCCCCCUCCCCUACCCAGCCAUGAUCACGGCGCUGGACCUGUACCACGUGCUGACGGCGGUGGUGCCGCUGUACGUAGCCAUGACGCUCGCCUACGGCUCCGUCCGCUGGUGGCGGAUCUUCACCCCGGACCAGUGCUCAGGGAUCAACCGCUUCGUCGCGCUCUUCGCCGUCCCGCUCCUCUCCUUCCACUUCAUCUCCACCAACAACCCUUUCGCCAUGAACCUGCGCUUCCUCGCCGCCGACACGCUGCAGAAGGUCGCCGUCCUCGCGCUCCUCUUCCUCGCCUCCCGCCUCUUCUCCUCCUCCGCCUCGCGCUUCCUCGGCCUCGACUGGAGCAUCACGCUCUUCUCCCUCUCCACGCUCCCCAACACGCUCGUCAUGGGCAUCCCGCUGCUCCGCGGCAUGUACGGCGGCGGCGGCGCCUCCUCCUCCUCCAUCGACGCGGGAACGCUCAUGGUCCAGGUCGUCGUGCUCCAGUGCAUCAUCUGGUACACGCUCAUGCUCUUCCUCUUCGAGUACCGCGCCGCCCGCGCGCUCGUGCUCGACCAGUUCCCCGACGGCGCCGCGGCGUCCAUCGUCUCGUUCCGCGUCGACUCCGACGUCGUCUCGCUCGCCAGGGGCGAGAUCGAGCUCGAGGCAGACGCCGUCCCCGUCCCCGCCGGCGGCGACGGCGGACGGGUGCGGGUCACCGUGCGCAAGUCCACCAGCUCGCGCUCUGAGGCCGCGUGCUCGCACUCCCACUCCCACUCGCAGUCCAUGCAGCCACGGGUGUCCAACCUCUCCGGGGUGGAGAUCUACUCGCUGCAGUCGUCGCGCAACCCCACCCCGCGGGGAUCCAGCUUCAACCACACCGACUUCUUCAACAUCGUCGGCGCCGGUGCCAAGGGAGGAGCAGCAGCGGCGGCGGCCGGGGACGAGGAGAAGGGCGGCGCCGGUGGACACUCGCCGCAGCCGCAGGCCGUCGCCGCCGUGGCGGCCAAGAGGAAGGACCUGCACAUGCUCGUCUGGAGCUCCAGUGCCUCCCCGGUCUCCGAGCGUGCUGCUGGUGCCGCCGUGCACGUCUUCGGCGCCGGCGCCGCCGACCAUGCCGACGUCCUCGCCAAAGGAACCCAGGCCUACGACGAGUACGGGCGUGACGAUUUCAGCAGGACCAAGAACGGGAACGGCGCGGACAAGGGCGGGCCGACGCUGUCCAAGCUUGGGUCCAACUCCACGGCGCAGCUCUACCCCAAGGACGACGGCGAGGGGAGGCCGGCGGCCGCGAUGCCGCCGGCGAGCGUCAUGACGAGGCUCAUCCUCAUCAUGGUCUGGAGGAAGCUGAUCAGGAACCCCAACACCUACUCCAGCCUCAUCGGCGUCAUCUGGUCCCUGGUAUCCUACAGGUGGGGCAUUCAGAUGCCGGCGAUCAUCGCCCGGUCGAUUUCGAUCCUGUCAGAUGCAGGGCUUGGGAUGGCCAUGUUCAGCCUCGGCUUGUUCAUGGCAUUGCAGCCGAGGAUCAUCGCUUGUGGCAACAAGUUUGCCGUGAUCGCGAUGGCUGUCCGCUUCCUUGCGGGUCCAGCAGUCAUGGCUGCCGCCUCCAUCGCUGUGGGGCUGCGAGGCGUACUUCUUCACAUUGCCAUUGUUCAGGCUGCUCUACCUCAAGGAAUCGUGCCAUUUGUGUUUGCCAAGGAGUACAAUGUUCACCCUGACAUACUGAGCACAGCUGUGAUCUUCGGGAUGCUCAUCGCCCUGCCCAUCACCCUGGUCUACUACAUCCUGCUGGGGCUCUGAACCUCUCACUUCAGUGUGCAAAUGCACCAUGCUACAUUGUGACUGACGGUCUGACCCAAGACCUUCGCAUCAUUUUGUUUGGGUAGUAAUCCUGCUAGGAUCUUGCUAGGUUAGCAGCGGGUAAUCGUACCGCUGACAGCAAUAGCAUCUCUGAUGUAGUAGUAUCAUCUCAGAUGGAAGCAUUCGAACCUGAAUUUCUGAUGAGCAUUACGUAGCACUUAGCUAGCUAGAGACACCGAAAGAUAGUUCCGAUGACAGAGAUCUAAUCUGUGUGAGGCAUUGGUAUCUGUCAACUUAUUUGGUGAGGUCGAUUCAAGAAUCGAGCAAAAUUUAUCUUGUUUCAUGCUGUCUGAAA